UCUCUUUCUCGUUCUGUUUGCAGUUGCAGUUUAUGGGUUGAGGCGAUACAGGACACUCUUCAAAUUAUGCAAGUUACGAAGUACUUUCCCAACUCUCUGUGCAGGCACACUGAUAGAUGUGUCGUCCUGGGCACGACGCAAAACUGCCCCCCAACCCAAGGUGUGGUGCGACCCGUGCCGAGGGGUGCGUGGCACAGGGGAGCUGUGCCUCGAACGGGGCCUCUGGGAUACCGGGCGCCCUCCCAGAGUAUCCAGCCUAGCCCGGGCAAGCGGGGCUCUGUCCGGGUGGUCCACACUUUCCUCAGCUUCUCGUGGGAUCAUAGAGAAAAAAUCUGAAGUUAGCUCCGAGCGAGCAGAUACCGAAGAUUCCAGGGGACCUCUCUGUGAGGCGACCCGGGAUUCAGAACAGACUGAAUGCGAACUAGGCACCAGGGGACCUCGAAGUGAGGUGACCCCGGGCCUCGUAGGUGAUAAAGGUGCGGUUGCAGAGGGAGAUUCUUCUAAACUCGCAACGGGAGGGACCUCAGCUGCUGUACCUGGUGCUGGGGAAACCGACAAAUCCGAAAACAGCUCUGAAAGAGCUGCCCGGAGAAGGGACAACAGUGUUGCAGAGGAGGGCAGCUCGAACCUCGCAGAAAAAUCGGUGCCAAGUGUGUCUGCCAUAGAGACUGUAGAUAUGACUUCAACAGAGAAGUCUGUGAAUGUUUUUGGGGAACGACACAUAACUGAGCUUGUGAAGAUGGAGAAAAUGUUAGUAUCGGGAGAUGAGAAUUCUGAGGGGAUGAAAGAACUGGAAGAGGAACAAGAAUGUGAGGCAACAUGGGAGAGAGUAGUACCCAAAACUGUACCAAAGGAAUGGAAACCAGAGGAAGACAUCCAAAGUCCUGAAAUAAGUUGUGGUAAUAUUAAAAAAUUAAAAACUAAUGCUGACAAUGAGGAAGCACCUGUUCAGCAAAAACACAACUUGAAAGAAGUGGAAUCAGGUCUAAUUAUUAAUGCUGACAACUCUGUAACUGAAGAGGUCAACGAAAAUGGAACUGGGGAUUCGGAGGAAAGAGACACGUCUGGACUUUCCGUAGAAGAGGCAAUGGAUACAUCAGGACAAGCUGAGAAUUCUGGAGGGGUGGGAGAAGAACAGAAAGAGGAACAAAAUGGUGAGGUUCCUGAAGCGGAAGAUGAAUCUGAUGCAUCUAUGAGGAUGGAUACUGAAGUGGCGGAAACAGAUAUCAGCCAAGAGCAACCCAAAAAGAAGCGUAUGUCGGGUGCACAGAAGCGAAAAAUGAGAAUAAUGGAAGCCUUGUUGGUAGGGGGGAGAGUGCUAUCUAAAGCUGAACGAAAGAAGCGAAAACUGGUAGAAGAAACCCAAAAGUCUGAAACAAGUAAUGAAGUUGCCAAAACCAAGAAAACUGUCGCUGAUAGUAAGGGAGUUGAUAAAAAAUUGGAAAGUAACACCGAUGAAGUUAAGCAAAAAUGCAAAUUGAAAGAAGCGAAUUUGGACGAUACCACAACUACCAGUGAAUCUGACAGGAUGACUGUGGCUGUUGUACCCAAGGGCUUUCCAGACAUCAAGAUGACAGAGGAACAGGCAGAGAUGCUGGGAACUGCACUUGUGGAGAGGAUUAAUCCGUCAGACAAGGGAGAACCAAUCCAGUUUUCUGCCAUGCAGUACGAGAAUGGGGGCUUAGCAUUCACUUGUGCCAACAGGACGACUAAAGCGUGGCUAUGCAGUACUGUAUCAAAGAUCGACCCGUGGCCGGGUGCCAAGUUGGAAGUCGCACAGGCGGAGACCACAUUGAAGGGUACCAAGUUUGUACUGUGGGUGAUAAAGGGGAUGAAUAAGAGAAGUAACCAGCAGAUUCUGGACUUUCUUCAGAAGCAAAAUGCAGACAUAUCCACUACCGAGUGGAAAAUCAUCAAGAGAGUAACAGAGACAGACAAAAGGAUACGGCUGACUCUUUGGGUUGAUGACAAAUCUUCUGAGGACUUGAAGGCACGCAAUUUCAAAGUAUUCCUCGGUAUAACUCGAGCUAGAUUCAUUCGGAUGUCAGAAUGGAAGAAGCUGAUGGAAAAUGUCAGAUCAAAGAAGCAGGGUAAGGUGCAACCUGCGGACCAGAAUCAGUCGCGACUGCCUGCGAAUUACAAACCACACCAACCUGAGCACACACACCCAAAUCGAGUCUCAGAACAGCCCCACAAUCGUGGUUUUGGCAGAUCAGAACGAUUACAAUCACGAGGAAGAGAUAGAACACAACACAAGGAGCGCAGAUACACCACAGAACAAAUUGAGGAAGAAACUUUCUCAACUUCAGACCGUCAAGAGACUCGUGCUUCAGGCAACAGAGACCUUCGUGCCUCAGACCAUUGGGAGCGCCGUGCUUCGGGGAGUCGAGAACGCCGUGCUUCGGGGAGUCUGGAGCGUCGUGCUUCAGGGAGUCGGGAGCUUCGUGCUUCGCGCAGUCGGGACCGUCGUGCUUCACGCAGUCGGGACCGUCGUGCUUCGCGCAGUCGGGAGCGUUGUGCUUCGCGCAGUUGGGAGCGUCGUGCUUCGCACAGUCGGGAGCAUCGUGCUUCGAGGAGUCGGGAGUGUCGUGCUUCGGGGAGUGGGGAGCGUCGUGGUUCUCGCUGUCGGAAGCAUCGUGCUUCAGACCUCCGCGAGUAUCUGGCCACACUGCACCGCGAGCACGAGUAUCGGGCCUCACCGCAUCGUGAGCGUGGGUAUCGGGCUUCAACACACCGGGAGCCUAGUGCUUCACCCCUUCGAGAGUUGAUAGAGACAGAUUACGGAGUCCCAGAUUCUCCGCAGCUAAGUGAGAUGAGGUAUACUGUUUCAGAUCUGGCAUCAUCUCACAGUUCGAUAUACUUCUUGUCGCACCAGGAUCAGUGUGAGAACCGAAGGUUCAUAGACUCAGUUCUAUCACCAUCCUGUGCCUCUAGAAUCAGUGACCUGGAUAAGUCUCUUUUAAUGUCUGAUCUUGAAUCUAUAGUCCUGACUUCACAACGCCCCCGUGAACGUGGGGUUAGCACUUCAGAACUGUCACAGUCACGAGAAGCUAGUUACAUUGUAUCAGACCGUGCACGGCGUAGGGAGCCUAUAUACACCUCAGAUGAAUCCGAAGAAGACGAGUUCUUUACUGAAGAUCGCAGGCAGUCAUUUAAGACAUGUUACGAAGCCCCAGAUCCUCCUCUGAUUACCGAGACGAGUUACACGGGUUCAGAUUGGACACAGUCUCGCAAUUCCAGGCACUUGUCUCCCAAACAGAAGAUGCCUAAGGACCGAAGGUCCAGAGGCUCAGAUAAACCGUCACCCCGUGUCUCUAGAUUCAGCAAAUUGCAUGAGCCUGCUGCAAAAACUGUCUCACUACGGAGUGUCAUAUCUAGAUAUCUGGAUUCAGAGCAGCCCCAUGAGCACGGGUUUGUCACAACAAAACUAUCACAUUUGCAAGAUGUCAGGUCUGCCAUAUCGGACCGUGUGCGGGAAAACAGGUACCUAACUUCGGACCUUCGACAGCGUCUCGAGACAGGUCCUAGGGCUCCAGAUCCCCCUCAGAUCCGUGGGUUGAGGUAUAAGGCUUCAGAUCUGGCACCAUCUCUUAAUUCCAAAUAUGUGACUCCAAACCAGGAUAAACCUGAGAGCCCAGUGUUCAGAGGUUCGGGUCUGCCACUGUCCCGUGUCUCCAGAUUCGGUGACCUAGACAAAUGUCUUACAGAAUCUUCAAUAGAUGUCGAGUCUGAAUUCCUGCCCUCACAGCAGCUACCUGAGCGUGUGUUCAGCACACCGGGAAGGUCACAGUUGCGAAAAGCUAGUUACGUCAUAUCGGAUCUAGCACAGCAUAGGGAGCCUGUACGCACCUCGGAUCGAACACAGGAAAACAAGUACUUUACUUCAGGUCACAAGCUGUCUUUUGAGACAGGUUAUGGAUCCCCAGAUCCUCCUCAGCUUAGUGAUAUGAUGUAUACCACUUCAGAUCGUGUGCUGUCUCUCGAUUCCAAAUCGUCAACUCCGAACCAAGAUGAGUCUCGUGGCUCCAGGUAUGUGGCUCCAAAGCAGAAUCAGUCCGAUAACCCGAGGUUCAGAAGCACGAAUAAACUGUCAUCUUGUGUCUCUAGAUUCAGCAAAGUGGAUGAGCCUCCUACAGAAAUUUCCACAGUACUGAAUGUCACGUCUACAUCUUUGGCUUCAGAACAGCCUCAUGAGCGUAGGUUCGUCACAUCGGAACUGUCACAGUUGCGAGACACUAGUUCCAUCGUAUCAGACCGAGCACAGAGAGGUUCGGAUCACCCUACACCGCGUGACUCCAGAUUCAGAAACUUCGACAAGCUGGCUUUCCAGGAACUGAAGUUAAGAGGUCCAGAUCACAUUCAGGCCAGAAAAGGUGGAUUUAUGGAAUGAGGCCCUCUGUACUCCCUCGAAUCUGGAUCCAAAUUGUCAGAUCCCCAGAAGUUCAGAGAACUUGAUAAAACAGUUUUUGGCGUGACACAUUACCGAAAAACCAUAUUUUCAGGUCCAGAUUUUUCAUCCGAGCAGUAGAGGUUAUCUUACAUGAGGUGGACACUAAUUUCUGGGGGCCUUCAGAGAGUAGUAGGAUCGAUUGUUAAAUAUUCCACAGUUGUCGUAGCUCUUCAUUGGUAGUUGCAGAUAGUGGCUUUAGUUUGCAGUAUCUAACAUUCCAAAUUGAGGGGGCCGUUUGUUGAAUAAUAUUAAAAUAAUUUUAGUGUUAAGUUAUAUGCACUGUCUAGCACUGAGCUUACUCAUAAAUUUUCAUGAGCAUCAAAUUUGCCUAUGCUGUAAAAUUGUUAGAAAUGAACUUUGAAUUCAAUUUAGAAUUGUUUUGUUUCAUAUGAGUUCCUGUUGGUGAGUUACUUGUGCACAGGUCUGUCCAUUUGUUUGCUGUUAAUUGCAAAUGCCUUCAAACAGGUUAAUGACAUGUUUUAUGUUAUAUUCAUCAGAAACAUUUGUAUGUGUAACUCAUUUUGUUGCUGGUUUGUGUAGUUUAAUGAAAGGAGUAAAUUUAAGGAAGUAUGUUACAUUUUGUACACACUGAGUGAGAAGAGCAACAUACGGUCACCACCACCGUUGUCGGCAUUGUCAACCUUUAAUAUUGAGUUUGAUGUUAAGAGCAUUUUUUAAAAGAAAAUAGCUGAAACAGACUGUGGUUGCAAGAUGUUUGUGAAUGUAUUUUCUUCGUGUGAACAUUUUUGUCGUUCAAAAAUAUGUACUUUGCAAUUUUUUAUGCCACAUUAAAUUACGAAAGAAAUGUUUAUGAAUAAAUAACAAAUGUCAAAUAAACAAAUUA